ACCUCCCAUUCACCCGAGGGUGUCUGCUCUAAAGGGGUGUGACUUUAAUUGGCUCUUAUUAUUGUAUUGCUGACUACUGCAUGCUGUACAGAAUCAAACUGUUGUAAUAUUAUUAUUCUAUAAUCUGUAGUGUACAGUGUAGGCAUGAUUUUGAGCUCCUUGCAAAGUUAUGGGUGUUCAAAAAGAGGUAAUUAAUAGUUUAAAAUACAUUCAUGAUGAUGUACAGUAAAUCACUUCUGUCACUUAUUGUCUUUUACAGACUGAGGAUAGUGCUUUGAAGUUAAAAUUAAACGUGCCAACAGCGGGACAUAAACAAUUCUCUAAAGUCCUGGCUGAGAUCAGAGAAAGAGCAAUGCCAUCUUCACUGGGCAGACGCCGUAGCAAGACUCUAGAGUGUCCAUCAGUAGACUCUCGAAACAGUGGCGACAGUGACAGUGGAGGGCGACCUCGGGGAGCAACCUCAGCAGUGAGCUCCUCUAGUGGUGCAGUAUCCGACUUUUCUGCACGAGGAAGAAGUGGGACAGGAUUGUCUUUGAAUGAAGAUGAUUCUGCAGAAGUAGAUUCUCUUGAUGGGACAUUUAGUUCCCAAGAUAAGGAAAGUGAUGAAGUAGACGGACAGAUCAUUGACUCAGAGAUACGACAGAGGGUUGAACACUUGAACUACAAGAUAAAGAAAACCAAGGAUCAGAUACGUCAGCUGCAAGAAGAGAGUGAUGGGUAUGUUAAAGAGUACCUGGAAUCAACGGAAGGCUCACAAAAAUCUAAAGCUGUCUUUGAAAAGAAAAAUCAAAAGACAAAUACACUGGUCGCCCAGCUACAGAAAAAGCUGGAAAAAUAUCACAAUACACGUAUGGAGCUGGAGUUAAAUGGCGCAGCACCCAGUGGACAUCUCGCUAAAGAAGUAUUCAAGGGUGUUAGAGAUGGAGUCAAAGGAGCGGUUACCAAGCCUCUGGAGAUUAUCAAGCACCGUAGGUUUGGUAGUGCAGAGAAUGUGAGCACUACUGCGUCAAGUCCUGGAUCAAAGAUAGAUGGACUUGAAGAAGAACCUAGCAGUCCUGCAGGUGAAGAUAGUUUCGCAGGAGAUUCUAAUCUCAGCCCGGCCAGAUACAACAGCGAUGAUGAUUCUUCCAGUGUAGCAUCAGCCACGCACAUCGGCGUUACGCUCCCGGGAAACAGCCCACGUCACAGCCUUCCGCCCAGUCCCCCCACGUCCUAUGAUCACGAUAUUAUCGAACUUCGUGAAACUAACGCCAGACUGCAGGAACUCAUAGAUAACUUGAAGCGACAGCUAGACUUUGUUGCGGAAUCACUUCAAGAGGAACGAUGCAAUUCAGAGCAACUGCGAGAUUUACUAAACAGCAUAACAACAGAGUGGAAUGACGUGUCAGAACUACGUCAGAACGAGAUGAUAACGGUAAAACAAGAACUCGAACGAGCCGAGGAACGCAUUGAGUUAGUGGAAUAUCGGUCAGCGGAGCGAGCAAGCGAGAUUGAAGAGGCGCUCGAUUCUUACGUCACUAGGGUAAGACAAGGGCGUUGUAAGGACAGCCUAAGCAAGUGAAAGUUCUGGCUAUGAAAAGCAACGACGUCGUAAAGACGAAUUUUUAUUGAAAUAAGUAGUGACAUGAGAGCUGAGGAGUGGAAAGGGACUCAAUGCGUGGCUAAACAGAUCAACACACAAGCUUAAUUAUAUGGGGUAAAACAAACUACAGAAAUUUUCAUAGUCAGCGGAAGGUCACGAAAUUGUAUCACUUUGGUUGUGUUAGACUUGAGAAACGCCUUGUGACUUGAGGGGUGUGUGGCAAGGAAACUAAGCGUAUUCAAUUGAUGUAGGUAGAUAGAUAUGCAGGGUGUAAGAGAAGUAACAAUCCACUAGUACUAGAAAUGAACCAUUAAGUUCUUGCAACUGGAAUUAGAAUUAA